AUGAACCAUCGCUGCAAAGGCCCCGAGGUGGGGAGGCUCCCGGCCUUGGGACUCGAGGAGCACACCUGGUGGGAGCACCGGGGCCGGGCGGAAAGAAGAGAGGCCUUCUGCGACCAUCCUGCCUAUAAAAGCUCCUCCCAUCAGGCAGUGUUCACCCCCUACGCCCCGGAGGACGGAAGCUCGUGCCAGCGGAGAGAAUACUAUGACGAGAGGGCCCAGAUGUGCUGCAGCAUGUGUCCUCCUGGCUACCACGUCCAGUCUUCCUGCACCAAGACCUCAGACACCGUGUGUGCCCCCUGCGAGGACAGCAUGUACACCGAGCUCUGGAACUGGGUGCCCGAGUGCUUGAGCUGUAGCUCCCGCUGCAGCUCUGAACUGGUAGAAGCUCAAGCCUGCACCCGGGAGCAGAACCGUGUGUGCGCCUGCAGGCCCGGCUGGUACUGCGUGCUGAAGAGCCAGCACAGGUGCCAGGUGUGCGCACCGCUGCGCAAGUGCCCCCCUGGCUUCGGUGUGGUCGCACCAGGAACCCCAACAUCGAAUGUGGUGUGUGCUGCCUGUGCCCCAGGGACCUUCUCAGACACGGCGUCAUCCACAGACACUUGCAGGCCCCAUCGGUUCUGUGAGUCGACGGCCAUCCCUGGCAAUGCAAGCAUGGACGCGGUCUGCACGCCUGUGCUCCCCUCCCUGCGUGUGACCACAAGCUUAGCCCUCAAGCCCCAGGCAGCGUCCACAAAAUCCCAACCCAUGGAGCCCACUCCAGGACCCAGUACAACUGCCAGCAUGUCUGUCCUGCUCCCCGUGGUCCCAAGUGCCCCGGCCGAAGGGCUCAGCACCGGGAACAUCUCUCUUCCAGUUGGACUCAUUGUGGGUGUGACAGCCUUGGGACUGCUAAUGAUAGGGCUGCUGAACUGUGUCAUCCUGGCCCAGAAGAAAAAGAAACCCUUCUGCCUGCCUGGAGACGCCAAGCCUCACCUGCCUGCUGAUAAGGCCCAGGCAGCUCCUGGCUCCGAGCAGCAGCACCUGCUGACCACGGCGCCCAGCUCCAGCAGCAGCUCCCUGGAGAGCGCGGCCAGCGCUUCGCACAGGGGGACGCCCACCAGGAACCAGCCACAGGCGCCGGGGAGGGACCAGCCCACUGGGUCUGGGGAGGCCCGUGCUGGCUCCGGGAGCUCAGAGUCCUCCCCAGGCGGCCACGGGACCCACGUCAAUGUCACCUGCAUCGUGAACGUUUGCAGCAGCUCUGACCACAGCUCGCGGUGCUCCUCCCAGGCCAGCUCCACGACGGGGAACGCGGACCCCAGCCCCUCCGGCUCCCCGAAGGACGAGCACGUCCCCUUCUCCAAGGAGGAGUGCCCAGUGCGGUCCCCGCGCGGGGCCCCCGAGACUCUGCUGCAGAGCCUGGAGGAGAAGCCCCUGAACCUGGGCGUGCCUGACGCCGGCAUGAAGCCCAGUUAACCAGGCCGGCAGGGGCCGCGUCGCCGCUGAGUGGGCUGGCCUCGGGGUCUCCCUGGUCCCCACGCCCAGCGCUCUGGCUCCUUCUAGGCCACGUUCCUUUAGUGGCCUCCACAGCCUGGCAGGCAGGGAGGAGGCAGGGAGAGUCAGAGAACCCCUCCGGUCAUGGGCAUCCUUCUCCCAAGGCUAGCUGGACGUGCUGGGCAGCCCCGCGGGUCCGGGUCCCUGCCGCUCUGAGCUGCCCCCUCGCUGGGCCUGUGGCCCUGGCUUCUGAAACCCUUGUUUCAUCCCUGGGCUCUGGCUCCCCGGGAGGUUCCAGCGUCCAGAGAGGCCGUGGGGGAGGGGGGCGCGGUGGGAGUCAUCCAUGGAGAAGGGGCAGCCAGUCAGCCUGGAUGCUGGGCCUGCAGGGUGGUCCCAGAGGGGGAGGGGCUGUCAUCAGCCAGAUGGUUCUGUGCAGGGUGGGGUCCCCUGGGUUAGCUAAGGACCCUUGGGAAGCACCUCAAAUCCUUUCCUGCUGGUUCCGCCUCCUGUUUGUGGUGUGAAAAUCAGACCCCCAGAGGCCCAGCAGGCAACCUGGAUGAGGCCCUGCCCCGGGCAAGAUGGCAAACCUCUAACAGGAAAUCUAAUUUCAAUAUGUGGCAGUUUAAAAACUCACCAAAAAAAACGUAAGCACCAUGCAAACAAGCCAGCAGCACAACAGAGCCCAAGUCUCAGCGUGUGCCUUCUCUGCCUUUGACCUUCACUCCACUUAGCCAGAGCGCCAGCCCCGCCGCUGCCCGCCCUCCUGCGCUGUCUGGUGUGGGCUCCCGGGCCACACCUUGUAUCAGGGAAUUUCAGGACCUGGAGACCCAGCUCCUGCAGCCAUCUCUCUCCUUCUACCUCAGCCUGGACCUUCCUUUUUGGACUCCCAAGGGGUGCUCCUGUUCCCCCAACCUCCUCCCGCCGUUCCUGGAGUCCCAGGCCCCAGGGGAGCCGCGGGGCCACUUUAGUACUGUGCCUGUCGCCAUCCCAGGUGGAUGUGAGAUGCUGAGAGCCAGUCUGUGUCUGUCUGUCUGUGUGUGUGUGUGUUGUGUGGUGUGGGUCCGUGAAGCAGCCGAAGUCAACAGUUUUGCCAGGGCAUUCUUACUUGUUAAAGAGCCUGCCCACUCCCCCCAAACACACUUGUUCACUCCCUGCAGAGGGUGGAAGGAACGGGGCUGGGGCUCCUGGAGAAGCCAUUUGAGUCUGUGGUACUUGGAUCUUUGUUGAAAAAGACUUGAACUUUGCAGCUGAACUUUUAGAGGGUCGGAGAGUCCAGCCAUUACCUUGGAGACACGAGCGGCUUCCCACCGUGGAUUCAAGAUGUGCUUACUGGCUACCUGGACCCGCCCGGGUCUCUGCCCACGUUGGACCCGGCGUGGUUAUGGAGCAGGCCUGCCCCCUGGUGGACAGUUCCGGGAGGCCCUCCAGCCGCCUUUCCAUCCAUCCCCCCAGCAGAGCCGGGAAGCCGUGAAUUAAAUAGAGACUCUUUCUGGAUGUAGCCUCGGUUCCCCGGCUUGUGUGGAUCCCAAGGCCAUGAGAGUUUGCACUGUCUGCUGGUCAGCAUUCCUGCUUAUAAAUAAACCCGUUUGUUUUACACGUGA